GCGGGGAGCUCCCCGCAUGCCCAGGCCAAGCCCCGAGAGUGGCUUCUACACGUGAGGACAGGCCCGCAGCGCAGCAGGUUGCAGUUCCCCUGGAGCAAUUAACCUUGCUGCGUCUGUAGCCUUCGCUGUUUGCGGGGUUCGGCUGAGCAGCAUCUGGGCGGCGGAUGCAGAAGAGGCGGAUUUGGGCCCUGGCAGGUGCUGGGGGGACGCUCGCGGCGUGGGCCACUGUGGGGGACUGUGAAAGCCACGUCCUCGGGUGGCUUCCCCGUGCCGGCUUGCGUGUCACUGAGCGGCGGGGCUGGGAAAGCUGCAGCGCCCCCAGGCCCUGCCCCGGCUGGAGCCCUACCCCACAGGCGGGGCCGCAGCUGUUGGAGCGGGGCGCUGGUGCCUCGCGGGGGCGCGCUGACCUUGAGGAGGGGGCGCUGCCGGGCUGGAAGCGGCGGAGGGAGAGGAGACCGCUGAGACACCCCGCCACGGGCCGGGAGCUGCCCCUCAGCUCUUCAGUCGCCUCCCGCGCCAGCCUCUCUCCCGAAUAUGGUCAAGGGGCCGCCGCCGCCGCCGCCGCCGCCGCCCGGCCCCAGCGGCCGCCUCAGACAGAGCACGAUGGCUCUGAGCGGGGAAGAGGACUACACCUAUAUUUACCACGAUCUUUCUCACCCUGUGGAUUUCCUGCAGGCUUUCAGAACAUUUUACCGGGAUGGCUUAUUUACUGAUAUUACUCUUCAGUGUGCUUCUGGUGUGAUCUUCCUUUGCCACAAAGCUGUUUUAGCUGCUUGUAGCAAUUAUUUUAGGGCAAUGUUCACUGCUGACAUGAAAGAAAAAUCUAAAAAUCAGAUCAAACUUCCUGAGAUCAGCCACACUAUACUGGAGGCUCUUGUGAAUUAUGCAUACACAUCACAAAUCGAAAUAACAGAGAAAAAUGUUCAAAGUCUCCUCCAAGCUGCGGAUCUCCUCCAGUUUGUGUCAGUAAAAAAAGCCUGCGAGCAGUUUUUGAUAAGGCAUGUAGAUACUGUCAACUGCAUAGGGAUGCACUCCUUCGCAGAGUAUCACCUUUGUUCAGAGCUAGAGAAAGAAUCUAGGAGGAUAUUGUUAUCAAGAUUUGAAGAAGUGUGGAGGCAGGAAGAAUUUCUGGAAAUCAGCUGUGAGAAACUCCUGUUUAUUCUCUCCAGAGAGAAUCUCAAUGUUUGGAAAGAGGAGGCAGCCAUAGAACCUGUGGUUAAAUGGAUAGCAUAUGAUGUGGAGAAAAGAAUUGAAUGCAUUUUUGAUCUGCUGAACUGUCUCAAAAUAGAUUUAAAUGAAAUAUAUUUAAGAUCAGCUUUAAGCUUGCGAAAGAGAUGCCAGCUUAAUGAAAACAAGAUAAGGUCUCUGAUAUACAGUGCAUUAAACACAAACCCAAAAGAUAUUUCCAAAAGGCCCACAGCAGCUAUGUAUGUGAUUGGAGGAUAUUACUGGCAUCCUUUAUCAGAAGUCCAUCUGUGGGAUCCUUUAACUAAUGCUUGGAUCCAGGGAACAGAGAUGCCUGAUCACACAAGGGAGAGCUAUGGGGUCACUAGUUUGGGACCCAACAUUUAUGUAAUGGGGGGCUAUAGAACUGACAACAUAGAAGCCCUUGAUACUGUGUGGAUUUAUAACAGUGAAACUGAUGAAUGGACAGAAGGCUGCCCCAUGCUUAAUACAAGGUACUAUCACUGUGCAGUUACCUUGGGCGGCUGUGUCUAUGCUUUGGGGGGCUACAGAAAAGGGGCACCAGCACAAGAAGCAGAAUUCUAUGAUCCUUUACAAAAGAAAUGGGUUCCCAUUGCAAACAUGAUCAAAGGUGUUGGAAAUGCCACAGCCUGUGUCCUGUGUGAAGUCAUCUAUGUAAUUGGAGGCCACUAUGGUUACAGGGGAAGCUGCACCUAUGACAAAAUUCAGAGCUAUCAUUCAGGUAGCAAUGAAUGGAGCAUAGUCACUACAAGUCCACAUCCAGAAUAUGGACUGUGUUCCAUUGCCUUACAAAACAAGCUCUAUCUUGUGGGUGGACAAACCGCAAUCACUGACUGCUAUGACCCAGAACAAAAUGAAUGGAGGCAGGUGGCACAUACGAUGGAAAGAAGGAUGGAAUGUGGUGCAGUUGUCAUGAAUGGAUGCAUCUAUGUAACAGGAGGCUAUUCCUAUUCAAAAGGAACAUAUCUGCAGAGUAUUGAGAAAUAUGAUCCUGAGCAUAAUAAAUGGGAAGUAGUCGGCAAUCUUCCCAGUGCUAUGCGUUCACAUGGUUGUGUCUGUGUGUACAAUGUCUAACACAAUUUGAAUAUCAUAUGUCUGUUGCAAGAGACAAGCAAGUACAGUAUCUGUACCAGUACAGAUUACCUCUUCAGCAAUGUAUUUAAUACAACCCAUCACUCACAUUUAAUAUAAAUCUGUAUACAACAGAUAAACCUGUAUUUAUUAAAAUUCACUUCAUAUAUUAUAAAUGCGGUGACAAUAUUUUUACAUAAUUUCAUUUUCAAAAUAAAUGCACCAGUUAUUGUUUUUCAUAAAGGUUUACAAAUCAUCUUUACAAAAUAUACUUACUGUGGACAUAUAAGGAGUAAUGUAAAAAGGCUAAUUUGUAUUAAUUAACCACUGGAGGGAACCGUGCUCAAGGUUUUGUCACAUUGCUAAGACAUGCUAAAACAAAAGACUUUACACUUGGGUUUCAAGUGAAACGUUUAAUAAUUUGAAUGUGGCUAUUAACACUUAUUGUUUAGGUUUCAGAGUAGCAGCCGUGUUAGUCUGUAUUCGCAAAAAGAAAAGGAGUACUUGUGGCACCUUAGAGACUAACAAAUUUAUUAGAGCAUAAGCUUUCGUGAG